UGCUGCUUAGCAGAGAGCUGUGCUGCUGCUCACAAUUGCGUGAUUAAACAAAGCAUGGGAAAAGUCGCAAAAGUAAAGUUUUAAUAUUCUUCCCACAAAUCAGGUAAAAAAUAACAACAAUUGGCCUAUGGCAUAACGCAUAAUAGGCAGUGGACUCAGCUGGAAAGCUUGCAGAAAAGCCAAGCCACCGUAUUACGCCCCUAAAGCUGGUCAGCAGCAAGUGGGUCGUGAGUGCUGUGGUGGGUGGGUGAGGUGUGGUUCUGUCCCCAAGGAGUGUUAUCUACUUGCGUAGGCUCUCUCUGAUGCCCGCUGCGAUAAGACCCGGACCUGGAGCCGGAGCCGUAAGCAGGCUGAUCAACCCAUCCCGGAACCGCCAUGGGCUGCAUCACCAGCACCAACAAGCUGAAUGAGCUGCGUCACGACAACGUGUUUCGCGUGCGGGUGGCGCACCUGCAGCCCAGUCCCGGCACGCCCAUCAUCCGCAGCGGUUACCUCGAACUGACGCCGCGUGAAUUGAUCUUCCUGACGCCCGGUUGCGAACCGAUUGUGUGGGCCCUGCAGCACCUACGUCGCUACGGUCUUAAUGCGGACCUCUUCUCCUUCGAGGCUGGGCGCCGCUGCAUGUCCGGGCCAGGCAUAUACACGUUUCGUGUGCACAAUGCCGACCAGCUUUAUCCGAUGUUCCAGCGCUACAUCAAUGCGGUCAACACGGACGCCUUUGCCCAAGGGGAACGCGAGAGAAUGAACUCGGCCCACUCGGUGUCCGUGCUGAUGGGGCGCACGGAUGCGAAUCCACACAGCAACAACUAUUUGGAGCCAGCACCGAUAAUCGGCCGGAACCUUGGAAGCUCGCUGACAGAAUCCGCCAAUGCCAAUGUCUCCUUCCAGAUGACAAUGCAGGUGCCGACUGAGACCACAGCACAGCUCGAGGAUUCCCAAAGUCUGCACUCGCCCGUGCUGCCCUUCUCGACAUACGCCAAUGCCCAGACCAAUGUUUAUCUCGACCAGCCACUGAGGGCUAUACCAGAUUGCUGCAAAGAUGGAGGAGCCACCUCGGGUGGCUUUCCCGCCAGCAAGGAAACGCCGCCCAGCAGGCUGAGCAUGCGCCGCCGCACAUUGGAUAUGCCACCGCUGGAGACGGCGCCACCACCAGCUCCUGUCACUCCCAUUGAGGGUUUGCACAUGUAUGCCAAUGUGGAGACGCCCGUCUUCGACCAAAGCGCGGAGCGUUGCUAUGAGAAUGUGAACCGCUUGGAGCUGCCGCUGCCGCCCCGUGAGGUUAGCCGCGACUCCUCGGAACCUGCCACGCCCACCAGUCUGGCGGGCAACUUUAGUGGUGUAAACUAUAUAGUCCUAGAUCUGGAUCAGCCGCGCAGCCCCAUCAGCCAGUGCUCACCCAGGUUGUAUAAUGGCUUUGGCAGCGGUCUCUCGCUGGUCACUGUGACCACUGCCGAAUCUUUGGCACAUGCCAAAACAGCACCAGUUACGCCCGAGGCGAUCUCCGUGCUGGAUGUGCCAAUUCCUCCACCACAGUCCCAUAGCCUGAACAGCGUGUCCAGUGCAGCGGCUCCCACGGAUAUGGUAGACACUUCCGCGGGCAAGCAGACAAGCAAAGCAGCUGUAGAAUCAUCCACGACACAGGGCUACUCCACGAUUGACUUUAUUCGCACCUAUGCGCUAAACAAGUCAUCGACGGAGUUGCCGGAGCUGCGCCGUCAUCCGCCGCACGAAGCCGAGGAGUUGAGGAUAACGCGGCACAGCAAAUGCAUCCGGAAAGCCUACUCAAUCAGCGAAUGAGCAGCAGGAAAGGCAGGAAAGGCAGGCACGGGCACAACGAAUUUUAUCAAAGCCAAGCCAAAGGGGAAAAGGGAGGGAUUUGUUUCUCCCUGGGCAGGCACUACCCCAAGGUAUGGAGUGGUGGUGUCCCACUCUCUCAUUAUAUUUAAUGUACUUGGACACAAAUGGGAACCAGGAGGUUGUUUCAGUCACACACAUGACUAGCAUACGUACUUAAAAUGUAUUUACAUAGUGGUAUUUAGAGAUAACGGGCUGUUUAGAGCUAGUCAUUUGGAUAUUUUAUGCAAAUUAAUCGUAGCAAAACAUGACAGAAAGGCUUUUAACAAUUAAUUUGUAUGUGUAUAUUGUAUAUUGUACAUUUGUAAGGUUGUAGUUUUUUAGCACACGAAAGAAUUGUGGAAUUUAGGGGAUGCUUUUGUAGAUUUAAUUUUUGUUGCAAAAUAUCACAAAAAACAAAACAAAAACAAAGCAUCACCGCAUUGCAUUGUAAGCUGUGAGUUUCUAAUUUUUAUAAUUAUAUCGCUAAAUUGUUAUCCAAGUUGUUAGGUAUUUACACACAUAAGGUUUUUUGCAGUUGCAUACAACAUCCAUACAUCAAAUAUUAUUAUUGUUAGUGUCUAAGACGAAUUUGUGCAAUAAAACGAAAAGGAACUUGUAAA